AGAACGUUGUUUCUAUCGACAAUAACAGAUCAUGGGAAAAUUUAUUGACCCAUUCACCAUAUAGAGAGGGUUACAAAUUGCGUUUUAACAUGAAGUGCAUUUUUUAUCACCGUAAAUGAUAAACAGUGCGUUUAAACUUCAAGUGGGAAAAAAGCAUUUGUUUAAAAACAACGAAAAAAUUAGAUACAAUCUGUGGUAUUUAUAUCUGCAAAAAAAUCGGCUAUGUUUGGAAUAUAAAAGCCAUGCAAGGAAAGUGUUACCUUUCAGUUGAUUUUCUGUGGUUUUUGUGAAUAUUUUUUCGUGAGCAGAUUGAAACAUUGCCAAGGUACGGAAGGUGUUGGGAGAAAUCUCUAGGGAAUUGUGCACUAAAAGUAUAGACAUUUGUGAGGUGAAGUGGGUGGUAAAUUUUGAAUGAAACAGUCUGAUGGAUAACAAUGAUUUUUUAUUCAACACUUUCAACUGAGAGGAAACACCAUGGAAAUCUCUAAAACAACGACAGCAAUUUUUUACGUGAGCCGAUUUUUUGGCUUGGCCCCAUACCAAAUAAUACGCAAUGCCAAAGGGCAUAUUAUUGACUAUAGCAAAGGAAAUACAUGGUAUAUAUAUACCAUACUCGUUAUUUUUACAGCAGAUAUUUUAACAUUCUAUGGAAUUCAUUAUGACAUGACUUCGAAGAGACCCGUUCGUAUGAAGACGGCAACUUCGAGAGUAGUCACUACUUUGGAUAUUUCUAUUAUUGCGGCUGCCUCCACAUCCGGUGUACUUUGUGGUCUCUUUGGUCUUGCAAGGACAAGAAAAUUCAACCACAUUCUCCGUGAGGCUGACAGCUACCUCAGCAGCUAUACAGAAGGAAUAAAGAAGAAACGUCGAGGAUUAAUAAUUCUCUUUGUAACACUCAUAACUAUGACAAUAGUAAUUACUGUGGACAUAAUUGUGUGGAUGGAAACGGCUGAUAAAUUGCGGUCAAAAAAGGUCGAUACACGGCGAAAUGUAUGGAAUUACUUGUCUAUGUAUGCUCUGUAUUACGUCUUAAUGGUAUUUCACGUGGUGUUCACUCAAUCGGCCCUCGGAAUCGCAGAUAGGUUCCGCAGUUUGAAUAAGGUGCUGCGAAAUGUAUUUCCCGAGAGCACAUUACACCUUACGAAACCCAUUGGAGGCAUGAAACUCCCCUCUGUACAGAAUGUGAGCCAAGCCGUGGAUGAUCUAGGCAAUAAAACAAAGAAUGUGGCCACAGCACCAAUUACCACCCUUACUGGCAUUGCCGCUCAAGUGGCACCAAUAAAAUCAGCUGAAAUUCUCGAACAUCUCAUUGAUAUUCACUCAUCACUGGGACAGGCCGUUCACAUCAUGUCCACAAUGUAUGGCAUUGCAAUUCUCACGAGUUUAGUAUCGUGUCUUCUGCAUGUUGUGGCGACAGCUUAUUUCCUGCUCCUGGAAAUCCUAGAAGAUGGAAGGGGUCUCUUUUUCACAGUACAAUUACUCUGGCUCAUCGUACAUAACGGUAGAUUGUUGAUGGUGGUAGAGCCAUGUCACAGUAUCCUCACACAUGCGAUGAAAACAACGAAAAUCGUAUGUGACAUCCAGAGAUAUUGCAAAGAUCCAUCCAUAAAGGAAAAAUUGGAAGUAUUUUGGAGUCAGCUCGUUGUGCAGAAAUCAUAUUUCACUUUUAGCGCUCUAGGAAUGUGCAAAAUUGAUCGGGAAAUUAUCACAUCGUUUUUCGGCACAAUAGCAACAUACCUGGUGAUUUUGAUUCAAUUUCAACGUUCAGACACUUCAACACCUCCACCUCUGGAGGAGGAAUAGGUGAUAUGCCUUUCAAAGUAUUUUCUAUAUAUUGAAUUUUCAAUGAUAAUGGAAUCAAUAAAUAAUUGAGUUA